GCUGAGAGUGGGUAUAUUAGCGUUCGAGGUCUUAAGGCGUUCAAGGCAUUGAAUAUAGAAAAGGAAUUGUACCCAUAUCGAUCUCGGGAAGAAAUAGACGAGAAUAUUAAUAAAUUGAAAUAUAAACUUGAGGCAAAAACGGAUACGAGUCUUUAUGGUUCGCUUAGACAAACCCUCGAGAAUGUAGAUGUGUCGAAUCUUACGUGGCGUGAUCCCGAAGCGAGUAUGGUUAUUAGCGACGACUCGUUCAUGAGUCUAGCAAGCAAAGCUAGACGAAAUAUACGAGUAGAUGAAGAGCGAAUGGAAAAGAAGCCUGAUAUUAUGGGGUUGCUGAAACAGGAUGAAAAGAUUUUAGAGUUGAUAGAAACAUUAGAUGGGAUGAGCUUUAUAGGUUCAUCAUGUAGACCAGUCAGAAACCAAUUUGGCAUCGUAGGGCUCCAGAUUGCCGGUACGGACUUGCUUCUCAAUGUUCUGGUAAACGACUUGGGUGGUAUACCAAG